AAAAAAAACACAAAGAAUUAUUAUUACUCAAUAAUAUUUUACAGGGGAGAUGGAAAGAUUGAACCCGUGUGUUGUGUGUGCGUAAAAAUGGCAGUAAAAAGCCGAAGACAAAGCCGGCUACAACUCUGUCACACCAACAACAUCAACACCAAAUAACACUUUUAAUCCUACCAUUUUUCAAAGAGCCCAAUAUUCCCCCUCGGCUAAAACCAUCCAAAGUGCUGUUCUUUUUCCUCAAAGUUUUGAUCUUUUUUUUCUAUUAUUCCUUGCUUUUUAUUUGUAAUACUGGUGCUUCUCUUCUUGUUUUCUUCCUCCCACCUCAGUAUUUUUUUUUUUAAUUUUUUUUUUGGGCGUCUUUGUUCCAGUUGAUACUAAUAAGAGAAUAAGUUGAAUUUUCUUUUCAUAAAGUUUGGAUUUUUGGGUAUUUACUAUCCAAUUUUGUACUCAAGCGCUGAAAGUCUGGAAAAUACUUGUUUACCUUAUUGGGAUGAUGAUGGGAUUGUUUGGAUUCAAGAGAAUGAUCAGCUAGUUGAUUGAUUUUGGAGUGCAUCUGAUAAGAUUCAAAGGGAACAGUAUUGAGUUAAAGUUUUGAUCUUUGGAGGAUUGGAUUUCAGAAUUGAUGGGUUGUUUUCCUUGUUUUGAUUCAAGAGAGGAGGAAAAACUGAAUCCUCAAAGUGACAGAGAUGGUCCUAAAGAAGUCCACCCAGCUAUCCCUUCUAAUUUUAACAGAUUAUCUUCUGGAGCUGAUAGACUGAAAACGAGGAGCAACAUCGGGUCAAGGAAGGAAUCAAUUGGGCUAAAAGAUGCCCCUGAUGUUCAGAUUGCUGCACAAACUUUCACUUUCCGGGAGCUUGCUACUGCUACAAACAAUUUCAAGCAAGACUCUUUCUUAGGCGAAGGAGGAUUUGGACGCGUAUACAAAGGGCGGCUUCCAUCAGGACAGGUGGUUGCAGUAAAACAAUUGGAUAGAAAUGGGCUUCAGGGUAAUCGGGAGUUUUUGGUGGAAGUUCUUAUGCUCAGCCUUUUACAUCAUCCAAACCUUGUAAAUUUAAUUGGUUACUGUGCUGAUGGAGACCAGAGGCUGCUUGUUUAUGAAUUUAUGCCCUUUGGAUCAUUGGAAGACCACCUUCAUGAUCUUCCACCUGAUAAAGAACCCCUGGAUUGGAAUACAAGAAUGAAGAUUGCGGCUGGUGCAGCUAGAGGUUUGGAAUAUCUUCAUGAUAAGGCAAACCCUCCAGUAAUCUAUAGAGAUUUCAAGUCAUCUAACAUAUUACUCGAUGAAGAAUUUGUUCCAAAGCUUUCCGAUUUUGGACUGGCGAAGCUCGGUCCUACUGGAGAUAAGUCACAUGUUUCUACUAGGGUCAUGGGAACUUAUGGUUAUUGUGCUCCAGAGUACGCCAUGACCGGGCAAUUAACGGUAAAAUCAGAUGUCUAUAGUUUUGGGGUGGUUUUCUUAGAGCUCAUUACCGGGCGUAAAGCUAUUGAUGGUACCAGACCUCAGGGAGAGCAAAAUCUUGUCAUAUGGGCUCGACCUCUAUUCAACGACAGGAGAAAAUUUGCCAAGUUAGCAGAUCCAAGAUUGCAAGGUCAAUAUCCAAUGCGAGGUCUUUAUCAGGCACUGGCUGUGGCAUCCAUGUGUAUCCAGGAACAGGCAGCAGCUCGUCCUUUGAUAGGGGAUGUGGUAACUGCCCUUUCUUACUUGGCAAAUCAGGCAUAUGAUCCCACGGCAGGCCCUGGACAGGGUUACAGAUUUGCUGCUGCUGCAGCAGGAGAUAAGGAUGAUAGAAGGAGCCGAGAUGAUCAUCGGAAUGGAGGCAGAAUAUUAAGAAACGAAGAAGGCGGUGGAUCUGGUCGGAAAUGGGAUUUAGACGGAUCCGAAAAAGAGGACUCUCCUCGAGAGACUGCAAGGAUGCUCAACCGGGACCUGGAGAGAGAAAGAGCUGUUGCGGAAGCUAAAAUGUGGGGUGAGAAUUGGCGAGAAAAGAGACGACAGAACAACGCGCAAGGAAGUUUUGAUGCAAAUAACAACGGUUUGUAAGGAUCAUAAAAAUGUGUAUAAUUCACGAUGAAGAGGCCACCCCCAUCUUCCACCUUGGCUAAUGAUUUUUCCGGUUUGCUUUGCUGAGGGAGGUGAAGAAAGGAUCCGAAUUUUCGGCCAAAUGGGGAGAGCCACAGGCCUCCAGUUCUUUUUUGUUUCUUUUUUUCCCUUUGCUUUUAAAUUGUCUACUUGUUGGCAAUGUUUCUAUUUGCCAACAAGCAAAUGAAGAGACCCCUACUGUACAUUUAGAAGCAUUUAGAAGAAGCGCAAAGCUGAAUAGAAAAGCUGGAUGUUUUCUAGUGUAAUUUAAACAGAUUUCUUUUUUCUCUGAGUUAAGUUAACUUUAAUUUUCUUUUUUUUUUUUUCACUUGUUUACUGAACUAUAGAUAUUAGUACUACCGUGUCAUGGGAUUUUGGUGCACUGUGACUUUUCCGUAUACUACACUGAAUGGAUGAAUGGUAAGGCUUUUAUAUCGAGUACCGCAUCUUUCGCAAUGAGUUUUACAUUAAUUUUUUGUUGUUCACUCAAUUUGUUAUGUGGCAGAUGUCUUUAGUUUGCCAUUCCACUCAAGUGCGAAAGAGGUAUGUGUUUGUUACCCUCAAAUUUAUGGAUGCUAAUGUGUACUACCAGAUUUGAUUCAAGCUAUGUAUGUUUGUUAUUGUUGCAAGACAGAAUUGACAAGGUCGAACACCAAGUAAAAUAAAGUAGAAAUCAAAAUGCCAUAUAUUAAGAACCAACAGGAGUAAUUUGUUUAAUAGCAUGCAUAUCACAAACGUAUUCCUCUAAUUGCCCAAACCAACAACGUUUCAACGGCUCUUUCAAAUAAGAAAAUAAAGUUAAUGCCCUUUUCAGUGGGGGGAAAAAAAAAAGAAAAGGAAAGUGGCCAAAGCUGGGAAAUCUGGACUUGUUUAAGCAAUUGUCUACGAAAGCUGAGAGCCAAGUUGACCCUUUGUGUCAGACAGAAUUUUGUGUGAUACGAAAGGACAUCAUUAAGAGCGCAAAGCCUUAUGGUUCUAGAUGACCAGUCAUCUAAACCGCGGGCUAUAACUCAUAGGCUUUCAAAACGUACAAUUUUUUAUUAUGUCAUCGAUUGAUCGCAAUUCUUCAUUGCACAAACGGGAGGCCUUAUAUAGGAGAAUUCCUUA